GUAACCAAUCAGCGUCAACCACGAACACGCACACAAAAAUAUUGUGAGUGUAUAGAUGUUAUUCGCACAUUUGCCAGCAAACUUCGAAGAUUGCAUUUAAAUAGUAUCUUAUAAAUUAUGAAAAUAAAUAGCUAUAUUAAAUAAGUGCGACAUAAAUUUGAAAAGUUAAAGUUUCAACAAUGAAAACCCUAGAAAUUAUCCUGCUGGUGCAAGUUGCUUUUUGCCUCUUGAGUAUCGCGUUUGCCGGUCGUGAUUUUUACAAAAUUCUUAAUGUAAGAAAGUCGGCUUCAACAAAUGAAAUUAAAAAAGCAUACAGGAAACUUGCAAAAGAACUGCAUCCGGACAAAAAUAAGGAUGAUCCCUCAGCAUCAGAGAAAUUUCAAGAUUUGGGUGCGGCGUAUGAAGUACUCUCCGAUGCGGACAAAAGAAAAACAUAUGAUCGAUGUGGCGAAGAAUGUCUCAAAAAGGAUGGAAUGAUGGAUCAUGGGGCUGACCCUUUCGCCAGUUUCUUUGGUGAUUUCGGUUUUCACUUUGGUAAUGGGGACCCACAUGAACAUCAAACACCUCGCGGAGCGAAUAUAGUAAUGAAUUUGUAUGUGACUUUGGAAGAGUUGUAUUCCGGCAACUUUGUAGAAAUUGUUAGAAACAAACCGGUGUUAAAACCGGCUAGUGGUACACGUAAGUGUAACUGCCGGCAGGAAAUGGUAACUCGUAACUUGGGUCCCGGUAGAUUCCAAAUGAUACAGCAAACGGUCUGUGAUGAAUGUCCAAAUGUAAAACUUGUCAAUGAGGAACGUACAUUAGAGGUUGAAGUUGAAGCCGGUAUGGUAGAUGGACAAGAAACACGAUUCGUCGCUGAAGGUGAGCCCCAUUUGGAUGGAGAGCCCGGUGAUCUUAUAAUUAAAAUUAUGCAAACACCGCAUAAGAGUUUCCAAAGGAAAGGGGAUGAUUUAUACACCAACGUUACAAUAAGCUUACAGGAUGCGCUUAUUGGAUUUACUAUGAAUAUCACACAUUUGGAUGGUCACGCUGUAAGCAUUACACGAGAAAAAAUAACUUGGCCAGGUGCACGCAUCCGCAAGAAGGGCGAAGGUAUGCCAAAUUAUGAAAAUAAUAAUUUGCAAGGCAACCUAUACAUCACAUUCGAUGUGGAGUUUCCGAAAAAAGAGUUAGAUGAUGCCGAAAAAGAAGACCUCAAAAAAAUACUUGAUCAGGCGUCCAUCAACCGGGUUUACAACGGGCUGUGAAAUUUGAAAAUGUCAUUCAUGGAUAAUUUUUAGUUAAUUAAAGAAUUUUUUGUCUAAAAUUAUUUUAGACAAAUGAAUUAGAAAUAUUUAAAUUGUAUCAUAUAUCUUGAACUUUAUCAUUAAGUUAUUUUUUAACGUCGGGUUAAAUAGUUUUCAAUUUAAAUAACAACUAAAUUCUAAGUUAUUACAAAAUACCAAAUGAUGCUACACGCGAAGAAAUAUAAAAAUUUUGUUUAA